UUGUGGUCAGCAUGGACAGGGCAGAGAAGCUUCACAUCAGCACAGACUCUCACAGACUCACCUGCGCCACCAUGAGGAGAGGUCUUCUGGAUAAGUCCCUGACAGUUCUGAGCAGCAGCAGUGUUCUGCUGCAGAAGCUGCAGCUGCUGCAGAGGGCAGAGGCCCUCCACAGGAGAGGGACGGUACUGCAGGAUGACGACUGGGAACAUGAACACCAGAGUUCCCAGGGCAGCUGGGGGGCGGUGCUAAAGCUGGAGGAGCUGCUGGAGACUCUGCAGGACCGGAGGAGGACGGUGGACCAGGCUCUCAGACUGAAGCUCCAACAGCUGGAGAACCAGGUCUUGAAGAAAGACCACAAGUCCAGACCUGAGGUCUGGACCCCCAUCCUGGACCAGAACCUGCCACCUGAGUCCACAUCUUUCAAAAGUGCUGACCUGCAGUCAGAUUCCAAAACAGAAAAACCUAGGGACCUUGAAUCUGGAUCCAGAGCAGAUGUGAGGCCUGGACCUAUCGUAGAGAAGACUACAGUGAAAAACCAUGUGAAGUCCGGAUCUAGAUCACAACAAACCAGAAUCCGGAAUCCUGAAUUCAGAACAGAGGAAAAUAACGACCUGAAUCCUGAAUCCAGAACAGAUGUUCCGUCUGGAUUGAAGGCAGAUCUGCAGCCUAAGUCUGGAUCUAGACUAGAGAACUUCAGAAACCUGCAGUCCAGAUUCAGAUUAGACGUGAAUUCAGAUUCCAAAUUAUUGCAGACCUGUGAUGGUCAGUCUGAAUCCAUUUCAGGUCUAAGGCCUGGUUCUAGGUCCCAGGAGAUCAGUUAUGUGCAGCCUGAGUCCUCAUCAGAUGUGAAAUCUAAAUCCAGAUCACAAGAGUCCAGAAACAUGCAGACAGAAUCCAGAUUGAACCAGAAACCUACAUCAUGGAAAGGCAAAGACCUGCAGUCUGAAUCCGGUUUAGAAGAGAGUUUGGAGCUCCAUUUAGGAUCCGAGUCAGACACAGACCCUGAAUCUAAGUCAGAUCUCGAUGAAACCAGUCCAUCUAGAUCCAUUUCAGCUCUGAUGCCUGGUUCCAGACCACAUGAGACCAGCUACGUGCAGCCUGAGUCCACAUCAGAUAUGAAAUCUGAAUCCAGAUCAGGAGAGUCCACAAACAUGCAUGCAGAAUCCAGAUUGGACCAGAUACCUACAUCAGAGAAAAACAAAGACCUGCAGUCUGAAUCCAGAUCACAGACCAAAGAGAUUCAUGUGCAGCCUGGAUCCAGAUCAGAGAGGAUCAGAAAGCUGCAAUCCAGAUUCAGAUUAAACCAGACAGCUGGUUUGAUGCCUGGUUUUAGACCACAUGAGACCAGUUACCCGAAGCCUGAGUCCACAUCAGAUAUGAAGUCUGAAUCUGGAACAGAGCAGUCCAGAAACAUGGAGCCAGAAUCUAGAUUAGAACAGAUGCCCAUACUGAGAACACAACAAACCACAUAUGUCGAGUCUGGGUCUAGACCACAGCAAAUCAGAAGCCUAGAGUCAGGAUCCAGUUCUGAUCCGAUACCCAGAUCGAUAUCUGAGAAAAACAAAGACCAAGAGUCUGAAUCCAGUUCAGAGGAGAUAGUGGAGAUCCUCUUUUGUGGUGAUCCACCUGAAUCCAGGUCAGAUACAAAGCCUGGAUCCGUAUCAGGAAAGAUCAGAAACCUGCUGUCUGGAUCCAGGUCAGACCUGCAGACUUCAGAGGAGUCCAGACCCAGGUCUGAGGGGACUAUGGAGUUACAGUUCAAGUCCAAAUUAGCAAAGAGCAAAGACCUGGCAUCUGAAACUGAUCUCAAGCCUGGAUCUGGAUCAGACAGAACCACCAGAUUACAGGUGCAGGAGACGUUUGAUGAAGGAAACCACGCCCACAAUGUCCUCCCGGCCAAUCAGCAGCAGCUGUUGUCUUCCUGUGAACUCCUCAUGGACAAGGUGUGUAGCUGGGUGCAGCAGAGCAGGAGUGUGUUGUCAAACUGUUCAGACGCAGGACAAUGUCUCUGUGAAGCAGAGGACGCUCUGAACACACACAUGAAGCUGUGCACACAGGCUGAGUCUGCUCGUCAUGACGUAGAGAAUCUGAAGCAGGUCCUGGAUCAGAUCGGAGCUCUGCCUAUAGAUGUAUCCUGCAGAACUGGUCCCUGCCUUCACAGUGAAUCCUGUAGACCGCUGUCCGUCCUGAAGACCCUGACCCAUCAGCUGAAGAGAUGUGGAACAGCACAACCUGCUGCUGCCUCCACUGGGUCACUGAGUCCUGAACUGGCUGCUGGAGUUGACGUGGUUCUGAAGGAGCUGCAGAGUCUGAACCUGAAGAUCAAGUCCAACCUGCAGCUGCUGCAGCCGUACGUCUCCUUCCUCAGGACGGUUCAGCAGGUGGAGGAGCAGAUGGAGGAACUGAGAGGGAGCUCCAGGAGGAGGUCAGGUGAAGAAGAGGAGAACAUCGAGUCUGCCAACAGUUCCUGGCCACCACUGAAGAAGAAGGAGGAGCAGGAGGAAAAGGAGCAGGUUGACAUCUGCUGGCAGGACAUGCUACAGAAGCUCCUCACUACUCAGGAACUGGGAAAAAACUAUGUCCAAACCAUCGUCAUGGUGCUGGGAUCAGGCUUGGACCUGCAGUCUCUGGUGUCCGUGGUCCAGCAGACGAUCGAGAAGCUCAGCAGAACCGAACAGGAAGUGAAGGAGCUGUGGAGUCAGCAGAGAGUCCAGAUCCAUCACCACCAGGGGGACAUGAAGUCUUACAGGAGGUUCCAGGACAGACUGCUCAAGAACCUGCAGGACUUGUCCUGUGUCUCUGAGCUGCUGGACUCAUGUACCUCAGUGGACCUGGAUUCAGACGUGCAGGCCUCCAGGUUGCUGGAGCGCUUCAAACUGGCCAGACCUCAUUUUACUCAACUGGACAUAGAGGUGGCUGACAUGAAGAAGAGCUGGAAGACUGUGAGAGGAGUCCAGCAACAUCUGCAGGUGAAGGAGGUGAAGGAGGUGAAGGAGGUGAAGGAGGAGGUGGAGGAUCUGGCCAAGCUGCUGAAGCUCCAUGAGAAGGUGAAGAGGAAGGUGGAGCAGAGUGAGUUGAUCCUGGAUCUGACGAGCAGCUUCCAUCUCACUGUCCAACAGCUGGAGGCGCUGUUAUACGCUAAGCCUCCAGCUGAGCUGAGUCGAGUCAGAGAAGAACGACAGCUGAUCCAGAGUCUGUUUGAGAAGCUUUCAACGCUGAAGACGCACAUUUGUGCUGCUGCUGCUGCACACACUGUGUCAGGUUUCAGUGUGGAGCAGCUGCAGCGCCGCCUUCUGUCUCUCGAGUCUCUCUGCGCGUCGUGGUUGAACAAAGCCGUUCGUCAUGAGGAGAUGCUCUGCCUUCUCAAUGAUGACAUCAUCCAGCUGCGUGACUCCUUUAAGGAGCUGAAGAAGAAGUUUAGCAACCUGAAGUUUAACUACCUGAAGAGGAACGACCGAGGCAGGAACCUGAAGGUCGCGAGGAACCAGCGGCAGCAGGUGGAGAUGUACGAGUACAAGCUGCAGGUUCUCAGGAAGCGACUGCAGGGUGUGAUAGCACGGCUGGGGUCAGAGGUCAAGGAGGGGGGCGUGGCCCGGGAGACGGAAAAUGCUUUGAAUCAGCUGGAGAGGCAGAUGGUGGAGUUUGAGCGAAGCGUCCGUGAACACCAGAAAACUCUGGACAUGAGCUGCAGACUGCAGGAAGCCAUGGAGGAGUAUCAGUUCUGGUGUGAGGACGCGAGUGCCACCAUCGCCCGCGUGAGCAAGUUUUCCUGCGAGUGUUGCAGCACAGACGCCGUGGCUGUUCUUCACCGACAGUUUGAGAAGUUUGUGUGGCCGACGGUUCCUCAGCAGGAGGAGAGGAUCGUGCAGAUCACAGAGCUCGCCGUCAGACUGCACGGGGUGGAGGAGGGGCGGAGGUUCACUGAGAAGACGGUCAGUAAACACUCAGAGAUGAUGGCGUCCAUUAAAAAGCUGAGUGAUGACCUGAUGCAGCUGGAGGUCAAACUGAAGCUGCAGAAAGAUGCAGCGAAAGAAGUGAAGGAGGAGACACAUGGAGAGAAAGAGAACAAGAUGAAGGAAAACCAAAAGAAGAAGAAGAAGGAGGAGGAGGAGGUUGAGAACAUCAGCUCACAGGAGGCUGUUGACAUGCAGGAACUGAAGGAGACAGGCCACACCCCCGAGCUGACCACCGAGCAUGAUGGGAGGGAGGUUCGAGUCAAGAGGGAGACUGCGGCCAAUAGGAAGCCUCCGUUCCAGAAGAGCCGCAGUCGGGAGUUUGACAGAGAGACGCUCGUCUCAGAGAACAGACAACACUCGGAGAGGUUCACCUCCUCCUACAGCUCCUCCCAAACCCACAGCUUCUCCUGCUCCCCGGUGGAGACCAACCGAGUGUUUGCACCAGGAGGGGACCUGUUGGAGGCGGAGCUCCUGCUCCAGGAAGUAACGUCAGAGGAUUUGUUUUUCACUGAUGAGUAUGAGUGUCCGUCACCUGACGACAUUUCCCUCCCGCCGCUGGCAGAGACACCGGAGUCCGGGAUGGUCCAGUCAGACACUGAGGAGGGCUUUUGUUUCCACAGCAACCAACAGAACCACGUCCAGUCAGGGCAGAGCGGGUCUGGUUCUGCUGCUGGUGCUGUCCAACAACACAGAGAGUCCUGCUCGACAGAGGGUUGUUCAACUCCACCUGUCACUCUUCACUGUAACACUAGGUUCAGAUCAGAGUCCAUUUCUUUUGUCCAGAGUCCACUGACAGUUCCUGCUCCAAGUUUCCUUAGAAGCAGCCUGAGGACGGAAGAGACCACAGUCAAUAAAUUCUCGGACACUGCUGACCAAUCCCUCACCACCGCUGAACCAGACCCAGUUCACAAGGAUAAUGCUACAGAUAGCAGUUCCAACAAAGACGACGUUUUCCCGGAAACAGAGCCUCAGGUGAUUCCAGGUAACCAGGGUAACAACACCAUAAAGGUCUCGAUCAAAAAUGAGACCCUGCCACAGGUUGAUACUGUUCCCCAUCCUGCAGCACUCAGUCAGAUCCACAUACCUCCCAAGUCCACUUAUGGUCAAGUCCAAACCUUAAAUGAUGUCCAAGUGGACAAGGCCCCAUCACAAAGUCAUAGGUUCCACAAAUGUGGCACAAACUCGACUGAAACUGCGACUUUUUGUCAAGACAAAAGAUUAACACAGAUCUUCCCAGGCACCAAACUUCACAGUCCAGUUACCCAACAGACCUUUAAGGUUCAGACCUCCCCAUCAGACACUUUCAGCAGCAGCCAUGUUUCACACCUCAAAAGACCUUUAUCCCAGAGUAAGACCUUUUUAAAGACUGAUCAAAUCCCCCAGACCAGAGGAUUUGCUCCCAGCCUCACAGAUUCUGCUUCCCACAAAGUUGGCAGUCUUCUGCAAGAUUCUGGGCUCCUCGAGUCCUUGAAAACCAGCAUGAUCCUUAUUCAAGACAGUCAGUCCUACACUGAUUGUAGGAGUGGCCUUGAUCAGAGAGAACCUUCUUCAUGGACCAGCAACGAAACACCCACAGUGGACCUGCCCCAAAGCAUCACCACAACGUCCUCUGUGGUUUACUGCCGGUGCUCUCCUUCAGAGAACAUACCACAAAGUUGCACGUCUUCCAGGUCAAAGCAAGAAAGCUCCAGCUCCUGUGUUAGCAAUGUCCAGGCCUCCCACCCUACAGAACCAAGCAGCAUCAGAAGUACCCGCAGCCAACAGAUCCACCCGACACUUCACUCCCAUCAUGAGCCUGUGACCUCCACCUGUACCCAGCAGUGUGUGCAUGACCCUGGCAUGACCCCCAGCAGUCCUGCCAAGCCCACAGCACACACCAAAGCUUUAGCUCAGCAGGCUAACCCGCAUGUCACAACCCCUUCCUCUCUAUCUCAUCUACUAACUUCAGACCCAGACAUUUGUUUGCCCCUGUCCAUCCGAGAGGAGAUCAGACUGACUCCUCAGAUCCAAGGGCCUCCCCUUCCUGCUCCUCCUCUUCCCCAGGGAAAGGCCUCUAAAGCUGGCCCCUCUUGUUUCACCAGGCCCCUGUCUCGAGCCACCGUCAUGGAGGGCUCUCCAGUGACGCUAGAGGUGGAGGUGACAAGACACCCAGAGCCCACGCUCACCUGGUGUAAAGAUGGAGGCGUGGCCGAGGGCGGGGCCAGCGAAAAGCGGGCGGCUGCUCGAGGCGACUCGUCUGGUGACAGGUGGCUGUCGGAAGUAUUUGACGUCAUGAGCGAGGACUGGCUGACGUGGUUCGGUUCACUGUGCGUCCUCCUGUGGCUCCUGGUCCUCGUCCUUCUCUAGUGUCUCACCUUCACUACAAGAACCUGAACCAGUCCAAAACCUGGCCCUGAACCAGUCCAACACUACAUUCACACUGAGAGCAGAGCUAAUUUUUAUAAAGAACUUUUAAUUUGAAUAUAAAGUGUUUUUUACACAAUAAAUUUAACUCUGCCUCCUUAAAAAGACUCAAAUUUAAUAGAAAAAGUAAUUCAAGUAUUUUUUACAUUCAUUUGCUGAAAAUAUUUAAAUUUCUCGCUGGAGCAAUGAUCGUGUCAAGGACGAUCACGUGUAAAUUAGUAAUAAAUCGGGACUGGAUUUUUUUCAAACUUCACAUUAAGUCACGUUAUCCGUUAUCAGUUCAUGGUCGUGUUAUAGCUAGGUCAUGUCCACAGACACCAGUAGGGGGCAGUACUGAGGAGUUGGAAUUACAACUCCGGGGGCGCUACAGUCAAAAAAACAUUUACAAAAGUUAUCAGGUCAUCUUAUGCCCGCCCCCUUGACGUCUUUGUACUUUGUGAUGCAACAUUGCGACGUUUGGACAAAACUCAACGAUAACUGACGUACAAAACUUUGCAAAGUUUCAGCGAUAACUGACGUACAAAACAUCACAAAGUUUCAGCGAUAACUGACGUACAAAACAUCGCAAAGUUUCAGCGAUAACUGACGUACAAAACAUCGCAAAGUUUCAGCGAUAACUGACGUACAAAACAUCG